AUGGACACCGCGGGGAGCGACGACGAGACGUACUCGAUCACGUCGCAGCCAUGGGGCGACCUGCAUGAGUUCUACCCCAAGACGAUCGCACCGUCCGUGCCGCUGACCGGCGACCUCGCCGAGCUACAUUCGUUCCUGGUCGGCCAGCGCCCAGCCCAAGACUUUGGCCUUCGAACUCGUGGAGGCGUCAUCGUCCAAAAGGCCAUCGAGAGCAAGCUGCGCGAGCUCGAGAAUCUCAACUUCCGCCUCUACUUGGACGAAGGGCGCGAGAUGCAGAAAGGCCAGGAGCUUCAGAUUUUGUCCAUGACCUGCUUGCCGCAAGCGUCCAAGCCCGAGCCGCCGACGCGAAAAGCCAAGGCGACCGUCGAUGUGGUCAAUAGGCGUCGCGCCAAGAAGCCUCGGCGACCGUCUGCGUAA